AUGUCGUUCGCCAUUCCAUCCCAGCAGACGCAGAUCGUGUUGCGCGAGCGUCCCACUGCCGCCAUCAAGGAUUCUCUCGGCGAAAACGACUCGACUUACGAGAAGCGAACUGUUCCCGUUCCACAAGAAUCCGAGCUCAAGGAUGGCGAGGUCCUGGUACGAGUAGAGUACGUCUCGCUCGACCCUGCGAUGCGCGGUUGGCUGCGUGAUGCCCGAUCGUAUUUGCCACCAGUUCAGAUCGGUGAAGUGAUGCGCGCCGGUGGUGUUGGUGUGAUUGUAGCUUCCAAGUUCCCUGGCCUGAGCAAGGGCGACCAGAUCAGCGGUACGCUCGGCUGGCAGCAGUACGCUCGUGUCCCCGGAAAGAGCGUCGAAAAGCGAAGCAUUCGUGAAGGCAGCUCUCUGCUUGACUACCUCGGCCCGCUCGGUUCGUCCGGUCAGACUGCAUACUGGGGUAUCUUCGACGUUGCAGCUAUCAAGAAAGAUGAUGUCGUCGUCGUCACGGGUGCUGCUGGAUCGGUUGGCAGCGUCGCUGUUCAACUGGCCAAGCUCAAGGGCUGCAAAGUGAUCGCCGUCGCAGGUGCAGACGACAAGUGCCAAUGGCUCAAAGAUUCUCUCGGUGCCGACGAGGCUCUCAACUACAAAGACCCCAACUUCAAGAAAACCUAUCGCGAGAUUGUCACCAAGAAGUACGGCUACAUCGACGCUAUCUUUGAAAACGUCGGGGGUGAUAUUCUCGACAUGUCAUUGCUUUGCAUGAAGCCUCAUGCUCGUAUCGCACUGUGCGGUGCCAUUUCCGAUUACAACAACCCGAAACCGAACGGCCUGAAGAACUACCAGACCAUCAUCGCUAUGCGCAUCAAGUUGCAAGGCUUUAUCGUCUUCGAUUACGCUAAGCGCUACAGCGAGGCGGAAGACGACAUGGCCAAGUGGAUGAAGGAGGGUAAGCUCGCUAGGAAAUUCCACGUCGUGGGUGAAGAGCUGGACGCCAAAGCGAGAGAACAUGGCAAGAGUCUCGAGCAAUGCCCUAAGGCGCUCAACGACCUGUUUGCCGGUAAAAACGUCGGCAAGAUGGUUGUCAAAGUCGCUCCUUAA